AUGCAGGUAACAGAGAAUGAAGGAGAACGUUGUGUGAUGUUGUCGGCAGAGCCUGAGCACAAAGAGAUGAACGAGAAUGUUAUACAGGGAACUCAGGUGGAAGAGAGACCCUAUCAAUGCAGCCGAUGUGGAAAACGCUUCAAACACAAGUCGAACGUUUAUGAACACCAAAGAUUUCACACAGGAGAGGCCCCCUAUUUAUGUAUGUGGUGUGGGAAAAGCUUUAAGUACAGGACGUCCCUUGUUCUGCAUGAAAGAAGUCACACGGGAGAGAAGCCCUAUAAAUGUGAGGAAUGUGGAAGAAGCUUCAGUCAUAAAUCAAACCUUGUCUCGCACCAAGUAACCCACACUAAAGAGAAGCCUUAUCAAUGCUCAGAAUGCGGGCAGAGCUUCAAUCACAAGUCCAACUUGAAUGUACACCAGAGAACCCACAGAGAGGAGAGGCCAUACAAAUGCUCAGAAUGUGGCAAGUGUUACAUUACCCGAUCCAACCUUAGGAAGCAUGAAAGAAUCCACACCGAAGAGAAGCCUUAUCAAUGCUCAGAAUGUGGGCAGAGCUUCAAUCAAAAGAGCACCUUGAAAGUACACCAGAGAACCCACACAGGGGAGAGGCCAUACAAAUGCUCGGAAUGUGGCAAGAGUUACAUUACCCGAUCCAACCUUAGGCAGCAUCAAAGAGUCCACACGAAAGAGAAGCCUUAUAAAUGCUCAAAAUGUGGGCAGAGCUUCGAUCGUAGCAUAGAUCUCAACGCACACCAGAGAACCCAUGAAGUGGAGAAAACAUACAAAUGCUCAAAAUGCAACAAGGACUUUACUUCUCCGUUUGAUCUCAUUAAACAUAACAGGGUGCACAUUGAAGAAGGACCUCACAAAUGCUCAGAAUGCGGAGAGAGCUUCAGGUGCAGCACCUCGCUUAUGGAACAUCAGAGAGUUCAUAGAGGAGAGGAGCCAGAUUUUGGCCUCAGCCAUGCUUCUGAACCAAGUCUUGUUGAACAUAAUGUAACCCGCCCUGAAAAGAAAUGUUUUGUAUGUUCCAUUUGUUCCAGAACAUUUGGGUGCAGCGGAAGCCUUGGGUUACAUCAACUGAAGCAUAAAUAGGAGACAUCGCAGAGUUUCUCAGGCUGAAGCAAGACCCUUUUUUAAAUAUCCAAUUAAUCAGCACAAGACAUUUCCCACUAAAUAACCCACAAGUGUGGGGAAAGCUUUUAUGAUAGUGCACUCAUUUCACGUCAGUUUAAUCGGCACAAGACAGCAAUGGAGAGGCAGAGAGAUCUUGCAAAUGCUUCUGUUUCUCCAUUCUUUUACUUCAGUGUAUUACUCCAAUCACUGGUACUUCUUUUUAAAUGCAU